GGAGCCCGGGAAGAGUCGGCGGAGCUCGAGGAGGACGCGGACGGCGGCGGCGGAGGAGGAGCUGCGCCGCGCGCCCUCCGCGGCCGGCCGCCCGCCCGAGCGCAGGCCGACAGCUCCAGCGCAGCCGGCGGGUCCGGCCGCCUCCCGCCGGAGCCCGGCGCAGGCAGAGUCCGGGCCGAUGGGCAGAGCGGGGCGGCGGGCGGCCAGGCUGCGGCCCCGGUAGUCGCCGCGCGCUCGCGGACUGUAGCCGGUCCCGGCGGACCGUGUCUCCGAGGUGAAGGAAGUGCCCCUGGCCAGCUGUCUUAAGGAAUCCUUUUGAAAAGGACGGAGGUGUACAAAAUUACUGCAGCCAAGACGUAAGUUGGUUUCCGAGGAACCGUACUCUGAGGAUGUUGUUUGGUUUUGGUUAACGAGAGAAAAUACAAGUACAGAAGAAGCCUUUCUAUCUUCACUUACUAUUGUGUUGUAAAUACAAUGUAACUGGGUUUACAUCACUUCCUGCUGAGACGCGGAGCUCCCAACCUUGGUAGACAUGAGCGACCCGAGGCAGUCGCAAGAGGACAAACACAAGCUCAGCAGGGCCUCUUCAAAGUUCAAGGACCCCCCCAGAAUCAUGCAGUCCGAUGAUUAUUUUGCCCGAAAAUUUAAAGCCAUUAAUGGCGGCAUGGGACCCGCCACUUCUUUAAAUGCCUCAAACUCCAGUGAGAGUGGUGGUCCAGCUAAUGGGACCCCCGCUGUGCCCAAGAUGGGCGUGAGAGCCAGGGUGUCUGAGUGGCCUCCUAAAAAGGACUGUUCCAAGGAGCUGGCCUGCAAGGGGUUGUGGGAAAGCCGGUCUCAGACUAGUUACGACAGUGUCACCUCCAUUAUGCACAAUGGACAAAAUGACCAGAGCGAUGGUCAGCCAGAGGAGCAGCUCGACCUCGACUUUGUGGAGGCAAAGUACACGCUUGGAGACAUCUUUGUUCACUCGCCUCAAAGAGGACUGCAGCCCAUAAGGCAGAGAAGCAAUAGUGACGUCACCAUCAGCGACAUCGACACCGAAGACGUCUUAGACCAAAAUGCCGUGAACCCCAACACCGGGGCCGCCCUGCACCGCGAGUACGGGAGCACGUCCUCCAUCGACCGGCAGGGCCUGUCUGGCGAGAACUUCUUCGCGAUGCUCAGAGGGUACAGAGUGGAGAAUUAUGACCACAAGGUGAUGGCCCCUUUUGGGUUCCCGGAGUUUUUCUCCUGCGACCCCGCCAUCUCGCCCAGCCUUCACGCGGCAGCACAGAUUUCUCGAGGGGAAUUUGUCCGCAUCUCAGGAUUAGACUACGUGGACAGCGCCCUCCUCCUGGGGAGAGACAGGGACAAGCCUUUCAAACGGCGGUUUAAGUCGGAGUCGGUGGAAACGUCCCUCUUCCGCAAGCUGCGAACUGUCAAAAGCGAACACGAGACUUUCAGGUUCACGGCGGACCUGGAAGAUGGCCGUCUUGAGCGGGGCAUUCGCCCUUGGAACUGUCAGCGGUGUUUUGCACAUUAUGAUGUCCAGAGCAUUUUGUUUAAUAUCAAUGAAGCCAUGGCCACGAGAGCUAACGUGGGGAAGAGGAAAAACAUGACCACCGGGGCCUCUGCCGCGUCCCAGACGCAGAUGCCCACGGGCCAGACGGGCACCUGCGAGUCUCCCCUGGGGAGCAAGGAGGACCUCAACUCCAAAGAGAACCUGGAUGCUGAUGAGGGGGACGGGAAAAGCAACGACCUGGUCCUUAGUUGCCCUUACUUCAGAAACGAGAUAGGAGGGGAAGGGGACAGGAGGAUCGCGCUGUCCAGGGCCAACUCAUCGUCCUUCGGCUCCGGCGAAAGCUGCUCCUUUGAGUCGUCCCUCAGCUCCCACUGCACGAACGCCGGCGUGUCGGUCCUGGAGGUGCCCCGGGAGAACCAGCCCAUCCACAGGGAGAAGGUGAAGCGCUACAUCAUCGAGCACAUCGACCUGGGGGCCUACUAUUACCGCAAGUUCUUCUACGGGAAAGAGCACCAGAACUACUUCGGGAUAGACGAGAACCUUGGCCCCGUGGCUGUCAGCGUCCGGAGGGAGAAGGUGGAAGACGCCAAGGAGAAAGAAGGGUCGCAGUACAACUACCGGGUGGCUUUCAGGACGAGCGAGCUUACAACACUGAGAGGAGCAAUUUUAGAAGACGCUGUACCGUCCACCGCGAGGCACGGCACCGCGCGAGGACUGCCUCUCAAAGAAGUCCUGGAAUAUGUCAUUCCCGAGCUGAGCAUCCAGUGCCUGAGGCAGGCGGCCAGCUCGCCCAAGGUCGCGGAGCAGCUGCUCAAGCUCGAUGAGCAAGGGCUGAGCUUCCAGCACAAGAUCGGGAUCCUCUACUGCAAAGCAGGCCAGAGCACAGAGGAGGAAAUGUACAACAACGAGACGGCGGGACCAGCCUUCGAGGAGUUCCUUGACCUCCUGGGCCAGAGAGUGCGGCUGAAAGGCUUCAGUAAAUAUCGCGCUCAGCUAGACAAUAAAACCGACUCGACAGGAACGCACUCCCUCUACACCACGUACAAAGAUUAUGAGCUCAUGUUCCACGUGUCCACCAUGCUGCCCCACAUGCCCAACAACAGGCAGCAGCUUCUGAGGAAAAGGCAUAUAGGAAAUGACAUCGUGACCAUUGUCUUCCAAGAGCCUGGAGCACUUCCUUUUACUCCAAAGAGCAUCCGGUCCCACUUUCAACACGUCUUUGUCAUAGUCCGAGUGCACAAUCCAUGUACUGAAAAUGUGUGUUAUAGUGUUGGCGUUUCUAGGUCAAAAGAUGUGCCACCGUUUGGCCCACCGAUUCCCAAAGGCGUAACUUUUCCAAAGUCAGCCGUGUUUCGGGACUUCCUUUUAGCCAAAGUAAUCAACGCAGAAAAUGCAGCCCAUAAAUCGGAAAAGUUCCGAGCGAUGGCCACUCGGACGAGGCAAGAGUACUUGAAAGAUCUGGCGGAGAACUUCGUCACGACCGCCACCGUGGAUACCUCCGUGAAGUUCAGCUUCAUUACGCUGGGUGCCAAGAAGAAGGAGAAAGUGAAGCCGAGGAAGGACGCCCAUCUGUUUAGCGUCGGGGCGAUCAUGUGGCACGUGGUAGCGCUGGACUUCGGCCAGUCUGCCAACAUUGAAUGUCUGCUUGGGAUUUCCAAUGAGUUCAUCAUGCUGAUUGAAAAGGAUUCCAAGAACGUGGUCUUUAAUUGCUCCUGCCGGGACGUCAUUGGGUGGACCUCGGGACUGAUGAGCAUCAAAGUGUUUUAUGAAAGAGGAGAGUGUAUCCUUCUGUCUUCGGUGGACAACUGUUCUGAAGACAUAAGGGAGAUCGUUCAGCGGCUGGGAAUAGUGACCAGAGGCUGCGAGACCGUGGAAAUGACCCUGAGGAGGAACGGGCUGGGCCAGCUCGGCUUCCACGUGAAUUUCGAAGGAAUCGUCGCUGACGUGGAGCCCUUCGGCUUUGCCUGGAAGGCUGGCCUGCGCCAGGGGAGCCGCCUCGUGGAGAUCUGCACCGUGGCCGUGGCCACCCUGACGCACGAGCAGAUGAUCGACAUGCUGCGGACGUCCGUGACCGUGAAGGUGGUCAUCGUCCAGCCCCACGAGGAUGGCUCGCCCAGGAGAGGGUGUUCAGAGCUCUGCCGGAUUCCCAUGGUGGAGUACAAGCUGGACAGCGAGGGCACGCCCUGCGAGUACAAAACCCCCUUCCGGAGGAACACCACGUGGCACCGGGUGCCCACGCCAGCCCUGCAGCCCCUGCCCAGAGCCUCCCCCGCGCCCGGCACGCCUGACCGGCUGCAGUGCCAGCAGCUGCUGCAGCAGGCCCAGGCCGCCAUCCCGCGCAGCACCUCCUUCGACCGCAAGCUGCCCGACGGCACCAGAAGCUCGCCCAGCAACCAGUCAUCCUCCAGCGACCCCGGACCCGGCGGGAGCGGGCCCUGGAGACCACCGCCGGGCUACGACGGGUGCCAGUCCCCGCUGCUGCUCGAGCACCAGGGCCCAGGCCCGCUGGAGUGUGAAGGGGCCAGGGAGCGGGAGGACGCCGCCGACGGGAGCCGACACCCGGAAACCAAAUGGCAUGGCCCACCCUCCAAAGUCCUGAGUUCCUACAAGGAGAGAGGUCUGCAGAAGGAUGGGACUUGCAAAGACUCCCCCAAUAAGCUUUCUCACAUUGGGGAUAAAAGCUGCUCCAGCCACUCCAGCAGCAACACGCUGUCCAGCAACACCUCCAGCAACAGCGACGACAAGCACUUCGGGUCUGGGGACCUGAUGGACCCCGAACUGCUGGGGCUGACCUACCUGAAAGGGGCGUCCACCGACAGCGGCAUCGACACAGCCCCGUGCAUGCCCCCCGCGGGCCUGGGCCCCGUGCACCUGGCAGGCAGCAGGUCCCUGAUCCACAGUCGGGCCGAGCAGUGGGCCGACUCCGCCGACAUCUCGGGGCCUGAGGACGAGCAGGCGAAGAUGUACGCGGUCCACGGCUACGCACCUGCCGGCUGUGCCAGCGGCGCUGCUGGCGGCAGCUUGGGCGACCUCAGCGAGAUCUCCUCUCAUUCCAGUGGCUCGCACCAUUCAGGAAGCCCCUCGGCCCACUGCUCCAAAACCACUGGGUCUCUGGACACGUCCAAAGUCUACAUCGUGUCUCACAGCAGCGGCCCGCCGGUCCCGGGGUCCAUGUCCAAGUCCUACCACAGACAAAGGGCAGUGAGCAAAUACGUCAUCGGCUGGAAGAAGUCAGAAGGCAGCCCACCGCCUGAGGAGCCUGAAGUGACUGAAUGUCAGGGGCUAUAUGGCGAGAGGGAGCUUAUGUCCCCAGCAACUCAGCAUCAGACAGUGGUGGGGGAUGCCGUCUCAGAAGCUCAACAUGUUCUGUCAAAAGAAGACUUUGUGAAAUUAAUGCUUCCUGACAGCCCCUUAGCGGAGGAGGGCAGAAGAAAGUUUUCGUUCUACGGGAACCUGUCCCCACGCCGCUCGCUGUACCGCACUCUGUCCGACGAGAGCGUAUGCAGCCAUCGGAGGGGCUCCUCCUACGGCAGCUCCCGAAGCUCCGCUCUUGACCAGGCGCUGCCCAACGACAUCCUGUUCAGCAGCACCCCGCCCUACCGCAGCACCCUGCCGCCCAGGACGCACCCCGCGCCCAGCAUGGCCGGCCUGCGCAACGAGUUCUGGUUCUCCGACGGGUCCUUAUCGGACAAGUCCAAGUGUGCAGACCCUGGCCUGAUGCCCCUCCCGGACACGGGCACCGGGCUAGAUUGGUCCCACCUCGUGGACGCUGCUCGCGCGUUUGAAGGUCUUGACUCAGAUGAAGAACUUGGUCUGCUCUAUCACCACGCGUCCUAUCUAGACCAGAGAGUGGCGUCCUUCUGCACCCUGACGGACCUGCAGCACGCACAGGGCUUGGAAGGGGCCCAGGAGCUGCCGUUGUGCGUCGAUCCCAGCGGCGGCAAAGACUUCAUGGACACAGCUGGGGAGCGGCCCCCAUCCACACUGACGGGCAAAGUCAAUCAGCUGGAGCUGAUUCUUCGGCAGCUGCAGACCGACCUGCGGAAGGAGAAGCAGGACAAGGCGGUGCUGCAGGCGGAGGUGCAGCACCUGCGCCAGGACAACAGGAGGCUGCAGGAGGAGUCGCAGACGGCCACCGCCCAGCUGCGCAAGUUCACGGAGUGGUUCUUCAACACCAUCGACAAGAAGUCCUAGCCAGGCCCCCCCAUCGCGGGGCCCCGGGGAGGAGGCUGCCGUGGGGCUUCCGCCGGGCGCGGGGUCUGGGCUGCCCCGCUCUGUGCAGCACCGC